AUGGACGUUUAUGCUAAUUAUAUGAUUCAACAAAAUGGAAUAAGACAGGAACAACAACCAACUUUAGGCCAAAUGAAACAAGAAUUUGCUCCAUACUCGGGGUCAUCAUCACAAGCAACGGUAACUGGUAAAUUUGUGGCCAUGCCACUGCUUCAACAGACUGGCAAGGUGUUUGUUGGGCCGGGCCAGCACAGAGAAGCUCAACUAAUUGGGCUUGGUCUUAGAAAGUUGAGAACAUUUGAGAGGGAAGAUAUAGAACGCGCAAAACGAUAUGCUCUUGAUCAGUCUGUAAAAUUUGUAAUGCUAAAGCAAAGAGAAGCGCAUCAACAACAAGUAAAUUUUAUAUGGGUUUUUCUUUCUUUUAAGUUAUAA